UCACAAGCUGCGAGUCUUGGAAUGCAUCCGGCAACUAGCGCUGCAUGGUGGUCUAUGGCAUCACAUCUCGCCGCUCAAGAUUAUCUGAAUCGCUUGCAAGCUUCCGGUUUGAAUUUUCCAACGCCGGACUUACAGUACCCAAUGCUUACACCGCCUCAUGUUCCUAAGUCGUCAUCUAAGGGUCAAAAAUCUAGUAAUAAAAAAGAUAAAUUGAAUUCAACCAUGACGUCGUCAAUAGCCUCAACUUCUUCAGCCAACACCAACUAUCAAAAAUCUAUCAGUUCUAACUACAACUCCCACAAAAACUUUCUGACGAACACUAGUUACAGUUCUUCCAAGUCUGACAGAGGGGUAAGUAGUUCGCCAUUGAUGAGCUCCUCUAGCAAAAUGAAGCCUCAAAAAACUCCUGGUGGUACCAUUUUACCUAAGGAAAUUACAAUGCAUACUGUGAAUUCUAAUAAGCCUAUACUGCCCCAACCAUCAGUCACACCGCCACCCAGACCAAGGGAUUCACCUGCAUCCAUGACUUUUCUAAGUGAUCCAUCAGCGAUAUUAGGUGGUGUUAGAUUGCCUCCAGAUACCGAAAUUAUUAAAUAUACUAGUAGCAUAGUUGGACCAAAGAUUCCUGGAACAACGAAUCGAGGUAGAAAGAAGACGAUAUCUCUCGAUCCGCCUACUGUGAGUUUAACGGCUUCGGUUUCGAGUACGGGAAUCCCGCUGAAUAAAAUGAAACGAUCGAGAUUGGACACAGAUUACACGAAGCUUCCCCACGCUCACCAAAAUGAAGUAGAAGUGAUCAAGCUACCGCCGUCUUUAACAUCGUCGAACGGUAUACCGCCCGCCCCACCCACGAUGCAUAAACAUAUGCUGAACCUGCUCUCUAAACCAUUGACGGACCCCGAUCAUAGGAAUAUAAUGCCCGAAGGAGGCGAUGCCUGUUUGAAUCUCACAGUGUCAGGUGACAAAGACGACGCGCCACUGAAUUUGUCGCUUAAACCAACGACAUCAGCUUCCGAAAUUAACAAUAGCCUUAGUAGUCUUACAAAUAUAACAGUUGCUGUUGGAAAUAGCAGCAACAACUUGCCGACAGGAGAUAGAGUUUCUCGUAGAAAACCUGGAGCAAAGCCUAGAAGAGUGAUUCAAGAACCCGCAGCAUCCGUAACACCACCAAUGACCGGCGAAUUAUCGCGGCCAUCAGCGCGUCUGUCGGAAUCGCCGAGGCCGUCUAGCGGCGGCGAAGAAAAUGAUAUGCUCAUCAUACCCGCCCAUUCAAAAGAAGGCCGUCCUCGAAAUCUCGGCAGAGGCGUAUCUAAACCUAAGAAAAAUACUGUCGCCUCAUUACUCGCCCAAAGUCGAGCUCUCGGUAUCAAACCCAUAUUGUCUCAGCAAUAUUCAGCGGAGGAUUUGGAAAAGUUGAAGCAAGUGUUAGGAGAUGGAACAGGGUUGGGCUUGGAUUUUGGAACGGACGGCGAUGGCAGCGUCGAGUUGGAAACAGGAACUGAAAGUGAGAAUGAAGAUAACACAGCACAGCAUAUAGAAUUGUUACGAGUUCCGUUAGAUAAAGGUUGGAAACGAGAGACCAUUUUACGUGGCUUGUCUAAGAACGGCGGUAUACGAGGUGAAGUGACCUAUCAAGCGCCUGGAUCUACUAUUCAAUUGAAGAACAUGAGCCAAAUAUUGCCCCUUUUGGAAAAUACUGGUUUAACGAAGGAGAAUUUCAGCUUCAGUUCAAAAUCAAUAGUUGGAUCAUAUUUGCAAGCAGUACCACAGCAUCUAGCUACGGAUGAAGGAGAAUAUAUUAGAAUGAAUGAAGAAUCUGUUUUAAGGAGGCUAGAUGAGAUUAAAUCUUUAGCACGGUCUUGCAUGCCUAUACUAAAUGUUGAUCAUAGAAUUGAAUUAGCAAGGCAACAGCAAGCAAUUCGCGACGCCAAGAAACAAGCACGCGAGGAACUAGCCAGAUCUAAAGAACAAGCUCGAAAUGCCAGAGAGCAGGAACGCGCCGAGCAAUUAGAAGCACAGCGCAAAGAGAGGGAAAUCAGAAAUCAACAAAUGAUGGAGGAGCGCGAGCUAAACAGACAACAAGCCGCACUCUUAAAAGAGCAGAUGUAUUUGCAAGAACUCAACAAGCAAAAGGAAGUGCUAUACACUGUGGAACGGGAGCGAGAUAGGAGAAAGCAGCAUAUGGCCCAUGUAAAAGCUCUGGAAGCUCGCAGAAAAUUGGAAGAACGUGAAAAACGCAAACAUCAAGCCGUUCUUGAAAAACUUAUCAAGCGAGAAAGAACCAUCAAUGCGCAGCGGAAAGAUGCUGAACUUUUGGCAGAAUUAAGAAAACCUCAGGAAGAUUCAGAAAUUCCCGACGCUACACCAUUACCUGAUUUGCCACGAGUAGAUGGUUUAAAUAUCUGUGGACAAGCUUUUGCCAAUGUAUUAAUGGUGUUUGAGUUUUUGCACAACUUUGGAGAAACAUUAGGAUUCGAUAUGGAAUCACUGCCUACUCUGCAAUCUCUACAACUUGCUAUUGGAGGAAAUUGUGGAUCUGAACCAGAAGACGAAUUAUUGUCAGUAAUGACUCAUCUUCUAGUUUGUGCGAUAGAGGAUCCUGGAAUUCCUAAUCCUGCCCGGCAUACUACAAUCUUAGGUCAAUCUUUGAGACAAGCUGACAUCACUCAUAUUAACUUAUCUGAAAUUCUAAGAAUUUAUUUAUAUGCUAAUGCUACUGGUGAAGUUAAAGCACUAACAGGUGUUAAUUUUGAACGAGAUCGGGAGAAACGUGUUGCAGAUCAUUUGCAGAGUGAUACUGAAAUGAUUCAAACAUCAUCUGGCAAAAACGCGCAAUACUAUGAAUAUCUGCAUGAUAAUUCUACAUGGAAAUUAUCAGAGAGCUUAAAAGAUUGCCCAUUUUUGGCAUUAAAUCCAACAACAAAAGCUGAAAUUCUUGCCUUUCUUUGUAAUGAGCUUCUACAAAAUAAAGCAGUUCUUAAACAAAUUGAAAAUUCUCAUGAAACUGUGGCUCAUUUGAAAAAGGAGAAAUAUAUUCUUGAUGGAAAAAUUAAAAAAUACAAAUCUUUACACAUGAGAAAAGUUAGAAUAGAAAAUCAUGAGAAAUGUCAAACCCUCCCUUGUGAUAAAUUACAAAAUAAUGUGGGAUUUUUAGAACGGCCCUUUCUAGAAAGUAUGAACGCAGAUCAUUCUGUCGGCUCACCAGCUCCUGAUGCAACAAGUUUUGAUGAUCACCCGCCCAUAUCCACACCGUCUGCACCUUCUGAAGGAGUCGAUGAAGAAAUAUUAUCAGAUGUUGAGAGUGAGGACGAAGAUAAAAAUAUAAGUGCAGAGGAAAUUGGUAAAAAACUGGAAAAAUUACAACGAUCAUCUAGUACACAAAGCAAAGCACUACAAAGUUCUUGUUUGCAACUUCGAGCGACAUGCCAUGGACAAGACAGAUACUGGAGAAGGUAUUGGACUCUCGCAACUGUUGGAGGCAUCUGGGUAGAAGGAAUGGAAUCAGCGCAGCCUGAAAUUGUGGAUUACCAUCGAACUCUUGAAUUAGGCCUAAAACGCCCAAAUGGUUUUGAGGAAGAUGAGGAUCCCCCAAAAGAAAAGAUUCCCAAAUUGGAAGAGACAAUAGAACUGACCCCAGAUCAAAUACAAUCGAAAUUAGAACUCCAAACGAUUAAGUCUUCCUUGAAUCUUAGUGACCAUACUCAAAUCAUCAAAUAUGAACCAGGUCCCAAAGAAGAAGGGCCUAUCAAGAUGGAAGAGAAAUUCAUUCAACAGAAGAAUGAAGAAAUGUCUGAAAUGCUAGAUAUUGAAGAUUCUAUACCCACGGCCUUUCUUGUGCAGAAGCCUAAUUCGAAUAAACAUAUUUAUACAGAAGACAAUGGUAAAGUUGAUACUCCUGUUAAAAUUGAAAGCAACAGCACUGAAACGGUACCAGAAGAAAAUGAAACUACUGUAGAAAUUAGUGAGAAAAUGGAUGUUGUAAAUGAAGAAACAGAACAAACUGAUAAUUUAAAGACUGAUAACUUAAAUCAAAACAAUAAACCUAAUGAUAUAAGCUCUGGGAAUGUGGACAAUAAAAUUGAAGAAGUAAAAAAUCUGACUUCCUCAGAUGAGUCUUGUCCUAAUGAGGAAAAAACAAGUUCUAAGAGUAAAUCAGAUGAUAAUUCAAGCAAUAAAUCAGACUCUGAAAAAGAAAGCAUUGAUUCAAAAUGGUUCUCAAUUCUUCAAAGACAAUUAACUAUAGGAAAAUAUCUUGAUGAUUCACUAAAUCAACAAACCGUGAUUGCUAGUCAGAAUCUCAAUUGUGAUGAAGUUCACAAUGUGGCUGGAAAUAGAUGGGAUAUUUCAAAUAAUUUACAGUAUUUUAAUUUUUCCGGCAUAGACGCGGCCACGACAAAUGCUAAUGUUUUUGUUUCCAGUGAGAAUAUUGAUUCAAGUUUAACUUUGUCUGGUCUAGAUGCGUCAUUAAUUGAUAGUGUUAUGAAUAAUGAAGUAAAUGGAUCUGCAAGUAGUGAAACUAAUAAAGAUAAUUGUCAGAUGGAUAAUGAUAUAGAGGUAGAUGCUAAAAGCGACACUGACAAAGGAAAUGAGAUUGUAGGUUCUUUGCAAGCUGAAUCGUCUGAAGCGCCAUCACCAUUAAAUAAUCAAAAUAAUAAUUAUCAGGGUCAGAAUAUACCAAAUUAUAUUAAUUUUAAUAUUAAUAGCCUUAGUGCAUAUUUACAAUGUGAUAGCCCAUCUCCACUUCCAAUGACUGCUGAUGAACAAAAGCAAUUGGAUAAUGUUAAAGCUUUUGGAAUGCCUAAAAAAUUGGAGAAAAAUUUUGUACCAACACCACUUAGGUUUGGAUGGUGGCAUAUCUAUGAUUCAUCUAUUGUGAAAGGUUUUGUAGAUUCAUUGCAAACAAAAGGUUUGAGAGAGAGAGAAUUGAGAAAAUCAAUUUUAUCACAUAUGGAUGAAAAUGGCAAGAUUGAUUUACAUGGUAUAUUGGAGCCAUCAGCAUGCAAGAUGGGAGAUAGGCCAGCACCAGGUGGAUAUGUGGAGCCGGAUAUGCCAGGAUCUGUAAAUCUAUCAGUGGCUCAACGAAUUGAUGCCAUGCUUUUGGAACAAGUGGAAGCUUUAGAAGAUAAGGUGGCCAAUGCCAGUAUGCAAAUCAAAGGUUGGUCAGUACCACCACGUGAUGUAAAUGAGGAAAAUUGCGUAACAGCUGUCAGAGAAAGACUUUUAGGUCUUGAAGCUGCAAUUGAGCGACGAUAUUUAAAACCACCAUUAGGAAUAAAUACUGGAGACCCCAAUCUCGCAGCAAUAACUCAAGAGCCAACGCAGAGUUCUACAAAUACUGGGGAUAAUGAAAGUAUACCAAAAGGUCUAUUGGGCUGGAGGGAAUCUGUAUCUAGAUGUCACACAAGUGCUCAAUUAGCCAUGUGUCUUUACAUGUUAGAAGCCAGCGUUGCUUGGGAUAAAAGCAUUAUGAGAGCUAAUUGUCAAUUUUGCCAUUCUGGUGAUAGUGAAGAUCAGCUCCUUCUGUGUGAUGGAUGUGAUAAAGGAUAUCACACCUACUGUUUCAAACCAAAAAUGGACAGAAUUCCCGAAGGAGACUGGUAUUGUUUUGAGUGUUUGAACAAGGCGACUGGCGAGCGUAAUUGCAUUGUGUGCGGAGGGCGUCGGGUGAGCAUACCAGGUCCAGUACCAGGAAAGCUUUUGCUUUGUGAGUUAUGUCCCAGAGCUUAUCAUCAGGAUUGUCAUAGUCCACCACUAGUAAAGACUCCACGAGGAAAAUGGUAUUGCAGUGGUUGCAUAAGUAAAGCACCUCCUAGUAAAAAGAGGGUGCGGAAACCUCCUCCACAAAAUCAACCAGUCGAUGUUGCUGUGGAACCCCCACCAAGCCCUGCUUUAUCACAUGCAUCAGUAUCAUAUGAAGAAUUUCAUAAUGAAUCUCCUUCCAAAUCUCCAACAUCACCACAACUAUCUCAAGAAGCAGUAUCAGCAGCCACCAAAACUGAUAAGAUUGACAAGCCAGAAAAAAUUGAAAAAGCAGACAAUCGUAAAGAACGACAGAAUCUUAAGAAAUUGAAUAAAGAAUUAUCAUCUUGCAAACAAUUACUUGAAGAAAUGGAAAUACAUGAAGAUUCUUGGCCAUUUUUACUACCUGUCAAUACUAAACAAUUCCCUACAUAUAAAAAGAUAAUCAAAACUCCAAUGGAUUUGUCGACCAUCAAGAGAAAGAUCACAGACUUAUUAUAUAAAUCUCGAGAAGAUUUUGUAUCGGACGUGCGGCAAAUAUUUAACAAUUGCGAAGUGUUCAACGAAGAUGAUAGUCCUGUGGGCAAAGCCGGACAUGGGAUGCGAAGAUACUUUGAAUCUCGCUGGUCAGAACUGUGCCCUGAUAAAAGUUGACUUAGACCAAGUUAAAAGAAUUACAACAAAUGUACUAAGAAGCAGCAUUAAUAUGAUAUUAAAAAGUGUGUUAUAUAAAUAUAUAUAUAAAAGAAAUAGUUAUCGAAUUUAUAGAGCAAUCAAGGCCAAACACGCAUAAAAAUUACAUUUUGGUCUCUUAUUUUUAAUUUGAGGAACUCUCUUUUUAUAAUUAUUUUUAUGAAUUCAAUCGAUUGUAUGAAUGCACAUGA